AGUUAAGCACAUUGCAAGGAUCCGCAAAAGAUGCGCACACACACAGCUUCACUAAGCAGACACUCGGAAUGGCACGAUACUCCUACUUACAUGAGUCUGCGCUCAUAGCCGGGACUGUCGCGCCACGCCAAUAUGCAUCCUCACCGGCAUCGCUAAAAUACUGUUCUUGGACUACGUUGAAACGACUUGAUCAAUCCCACGGCAGUUCUCCAAACCCAGAAAUUUCAACCUCGAUAAUUCGAUUGCGUCGCCCGAGUCAGCGGGUCCAGCGCCACUUUCUUGCUCAACGAGUCGCUCAUGUUCAUUAGAAGGAACCGUUAACGUCAGCGUUAUGCGAAGCUAGAUCAUUUCUUUGCGACCAAAACAAUCUUCCACCAUCCAGCGAUCUCUUUUCCUUUUCCCUUUCGGGAUGCGUCCUUUCAUUGACUAUACUCAGGCUGCGGAGCUGCGUCGAUUGACUUGGAAGUCCGUUUGAUUGCCGUCUGAAAACACAGCGUCCAUUCUCUUACAACGGCAGCCG